AUGCGAGUGUGCCCCGCGUAUAUCCGUAAAGUGUCUCGCCAAGACCCACUGCUAGCCAUGCUAGUAGGGGUGUGUCGGGGAGAAUCGCAGGCCCGACAGGAACUACGAUGGAUGCGACAGGAGCUGGUUGAUCCAGCUCGUGUUCGUUGGGCGUGUAAGCUGCGAUCGCGGCAAGUGCCUUUGCAACAUGUGUUGGGAUCGCAGCCGUUCGGUGCCAUUGAUGUGCUUUGCAGACCACAAGUGCUGAUUCCUCGGUGGGAGACAGAGGAAUGGGUCUGUGACCUGACGUCUCGUCUGGCUGGGAUGCGACUGCAAAUUGUUGAUCUGUGCACGGGAACUGGGUGUGUGGCAUUGCAUUUGCAGCGUAGUUUGUCGGCGGCAAGAGUUACAGCGGUUGAUUGCUCAGCUAGUGCCAUAGCUCUUGCUCAGUGCAAUGCUGGGCGCAACGAGUUACAGUUGCGGCUGUUACAGCGAGAUGUGCUGGGUUGGCAACCGGACGAGAUCGGACGCGUCGAUUUGGUAGUUUGUAAUCCGCCAUAUAUCCCUCCGGACAAGCUGGUACGUGAUGCAAGGGCGAGUGUGAGGUUUUAUGAGCCGCGCUUAGCGCUUGUGGGUGAUAAGGAGUUUUAUGAGAACUUGGUGCGCGUGUGGCUGUCUCGUACCAGGGCGUUCGUUUACGAGGUGGGAAGUGAAGAUCAGUGCGCGUAUGUGAAGAAGCAUGCGGGGAAGGAGUGGAUUGUCGGUACACGUAAGGAUGCUAGAGGAGAGGCUAGGGUUGUCUAUGGAUAUAGAGAUGGUGACUCGGAGUUUGCCAGAGCGUUUAAGGGGUAUGAUAAUUUGUGA